CAUUGCCCUAACUGUCAAUUGGGGAAAUGGUAUGAACCCUUCAACCCUCAACCCCUUGUAUUCCGCCGAGGCAUGACUAGGUUUAGCGCUUUGCAAUUGGAUUUUAUGGGACCUAUGGACAGUUUUGUCCGUGCUAACCAACCUGCUUGCCCGGGCAAUAAUAUGUAUGUUCUUGUGAUGGUUGAUGAAGGAUCAAGGGCUGUAUUGUCACUACUUGUACCUAACACGUCAGCGCUUGUCGUUAUCACUAGCUUGUUGAUCUGGUUCCAAGUAUAUGGAGUACCAAGUUAUGUUCAACUUGAUGGAGCAGGAGCCCAUGUUAGUGAAGAGCUAUCGAUAUUCGCAAGAACAUGGAACUUCCAUCUCUCUAUUGGUAUUGCUCGUAGGCCACAAACCCAAGGCCUAGUGGAAGGCGUAGUGCGUGACUUGAAGUGUGGUCUUCAAACAAAUGCUACGAGCAAUACUGCCCUCCCUUGGUAUAUUUCGGUAAUGGUUAGUAGCUUUGUGCACAACCAAUCAUCACUGAUGGGAACUCGGUUGUCCCCACACAACUUGGCGGUUGGCUCAGAUUUAGAUGAA